UUAUGGCGUGGCCGGAAGUUGCGUAGAUCGGCGCAGAUCACGCAGGAGGCGCGAGGUUUGGUCAAAAUUAUGGUUGUUUUGUUCCACAUCGCUGUAUAGACUUUCAGCUAUUUCUGAACUUUACAGCAUUCACACAAGAAAUACGUUUAACCCAGAGGCUGGAGCAGGCCAGGCAUGAGCAAAGCACACCUGGACGAGUGGCAGAGGAGGUCCUUUGACAUUUCAUCUGGCUCCUGUACACCUGAACAGACGGCCGAUGCUUAUCGGGCACACGUCCUGUCCAUUCAGUAUGCAUGGGCGAGUGCUGAGCUCUCUCCGGCUGGAGCUGGCAGCCUGCUCAGGACCUACUCUGAGCGGUACGCCGCAGUCCUGGACUCAGACGACCCACGCACAGGGCUAAACAACUAUGCAGAGAGUGCCCUGCAACUGGCCCGCAAUCAAAAGAACCAUAGCGACAAAUGGGAGUCAUCCCUAACGUUCGAGAAUGUGUUCAACCUGCCGUGCGUGCAAAGGAUGAUGCGGGCCGGGUCAAAAGAAGGCGCUCUCCUGGUAGAUCCGGCAGAUGUUAACAUCACUGUCGGUGGUGAAAUCUGCAGGGGAGGGGAGAAAAGCAGUGAUCUCUCUGGUCCUAAUUGUGGAUUAAAACGAGAGCCUCUGGCUCAUGGGCCCACUGCGCCUCCACCUAGAGCUGAGAUGGGAAGGGGGGUCAGUAACCUACUUAGCGAUGCUUCAGAGUGGGCUAGAGGACUUCAAGGAGCCCCUCUGCAUAUGUCCUUGGCACAAAAUCCUCCAAAUGUUCCAACAGGAUCAAUGCCUAUGUUUACCCAUAACAAUUUCAGUUCCACAGGCAAUGCUAGUGUGUCUCAGUCUAGUGUGGGACGCACAAGUGGAUCCAAUGUGCAUAAUCAGCCUGUGUUCUUUUCCUCCACAAACCCCUCCAAGAGGAAGAACUUCUACGGCUCAGGAACUGAAAGCAACAGAAGCUCAUUCCCAUCACAAGGCGAGCAGGAACUGCGAGGCAGGGGACGGAGAAGAGAGGAAGGCGUCAGCACAAAUUUUAGAUCAGCACGAGAGCAGUUCAUCGUUGACCAGCAAAAAAAGCAUUCCCAUCAGGGUCAGCGAGGCUCUGCGGCCAAUGUUGCUGCAAUCACCAAGAAAUGCCUUGGGGCAAAUCGGCCUCGUGGGGCAUCCUCCAAAUUCGUCUCUCCUAUGCCAAGGCAAGAGGAAGAGAGCAACUGGAAGGAAAACGCACCACAAGACAUGCAACCAGUUGAUGAGCGACUAAAGAACUUUGAGCCCAAAAUCAUUGAACUUAUCAUGAGUGAGAUCAUGGACCAUGGACCCCCGGUAGCUUGGGAUGAUAUUGCCGGUCUGGAGUUUGCCAAAGCCACAAUCAAAGAGAUUGUAGUUUGGCCCAUGUUGAGGCCUGAUAUAUUUACUGGCCUUAGAGGUCCACCUAAAGGCAUUCUUCUGUUUGGUCCGCCAGGCACUGGUAAAACCCUUAUAGGGAAGUGCAUAGCGUGCCAGUCUGGAGCCACUUUUUUCAGCAUCAGUGCUUCGUCACUCACUUCAAAGUGGGUUGGAGAGGGCGAGAAGAUGGUACGGGCACUCUUUGCAAUUGCUCGGUGUCACCAACCUGCCGUCAUCUUUAUCGAUGAGAUCGAUUCUCUUCUUUCUCAGCGCACAGACGGAGAGCAUGACUCUUCCCGUCGGAUCAAAACAGAGUUUCUUGUCCAGCUGGAUGGAGCCGCCACCUCAGCAGAAGAUCGCAUCCUGGUGGUUGGUGCCACCAACCGGCCACAAGAGAUUGAUGAAGCAGCUCGCCGUCGCUUGGCCAAGCGACUCUACAUCCCUCUCCCAGAAGCUGAGGCUCGCCGGCAGAUAGUGACUAACCUCAUGUCCCGUGAGAAAAGCCAGCUGGGAGCAGAUGAGAUGGAGAAUGUUGUACAGGGCACAGAGGGGUUUUCAGGGGCAGAUAUGACACAGCUGUGUCGUGAAGCAGCCCUAGGCCCCAUCCGAAGCAUCCGCCUAAGUGACAUUGCUACCAUCUCGGCAGAACAGGUUCGGCCGAUACUUUACAAUGACUUCCAGGAGGCUCUCAAAACAGUGCGGCCCAGUGUCUCUUCUAAAGAUCUGGAGCUAUAUGAAGAGUGGAACAAGACAUUUGGCUGCGGUCGCUGAACACGUGUUCAGAUUACACUAAUUGAUGAGUUUUAUGUUAGUAUGACUAUGAUGCUGAGUUCAUUUCUUGAAAUAAAUGGUUGAUUCGU